CAACAACACACAUGUUCUAUCCUUUUCUUUAACAUUAAGCCAAAAAAGCUUUUUCUAUAUUACUCAUAACUUCAUCGUUUCCAAGAGAAGAACGAAGCAUCGGUGAUCUUAUCCUCUCAACCGAACUAACUCUCUCCAUCACUUUCAUCACCACCAAAACCAAAACCAUUGAUUCUACUGUGGAAAAAUAGAAAGUUUCAAUCUUUUUUCAAAUUCCGGCGCAAAAUCAAAUGAUUAAGGAAGAGUGAAGAGUCAGAGUCAAAGAAAUGGAGAAACAAGGGAGAGAAGGAAGCAGCUUUCAACAACCUCCAUGGAUUCCUCAGACACCCAUGAAGCCAAUUUCUCCGAUCUGCCCAUACACGGUGGAGGAACAAUCUCAUCGGAAUCAAGUGGAGGAAAGAGGAUUCGACAUGGGUGGUCUUGAUCACUUGUCUUUCAGUGAUUUGCUAGCUUUAUCCAACACUAGACCUGUCUGUUUCUCCGGUCAGACCUCUUGGGCUUGUAAUGAUUCCGGUCUGAUGAUCAGAGAUGAAAUUUCUCCCAUCUGCCCAAACACUGUGGAGGAGGAACAAACUCAUUGGAAUCAAGUGGAGGAAAGGAGAUUCGACAUGAAUCAGUUGUCUUUUGGUGAUUUUCUGGCUCUAUCCAACAAUGCAUCACUCUAUUGCUCUGGUCAGACCACCCCUUGGGAUGGUAAUGUCUUAGAACCCACAAGUGAGAGGGCUUUUGAUUCCGGUCUGAUCAGAGAUGAGGUUGAGAUGCUGCAAAAAGGUAAUGAAGCAGUGGAUAAUCUGAUCUCAGUGAGUAACAAUGUUGCAUCAGUCUAUUUCUCCGGCCAGACCCCUUGGGCCUCAGAACCUACAAGAAACACAGAGAUGAUGCAAAAAGGUAAUGAAGCAGUGGACAUUCUGAGCUCAGUGAGUAACAAUGUUGCUGAAGAGAUCAUCAAAACUCCUGAAAAACCAAAGAGGAAGAAGCAUAGGCCAAAGGUUGUUAGAGAAGCUAAACCCAAGAGGGAGCCUAAACCGCCAACUUCGAGGAAAUCUGUUGUUGCUGAUGGUCAAGAAAGCAAAACGCCAAAGAGGAAAUAUGUGCGGAAGAAGGUGGAAGUCAAUAAGGAUCAAGAAUCUACUCCUGUUGAAUCAUCAGCAGCUGUAGAAACAUUAACUCAUGCGAAGAAGCUCUGUAGACGAGUCUUGGAUUUUGAACCCGAAAACGGAGAUAACCAGACCAACAGCGACCCAAAACACGGAGAUGAGACGGAGCCUAGCUUGCCCAAGAGAAAAUGCAGCCAAGGUAAAAGAAAGGGAACGGAACCAAAGAAGAAUGGAGGUAAUCAAGAUGGAGUUGAUCUUUCGAUGGCACAAGCUGGAAAGAGAAGACAAGGAAAAGAACCAACUUGUGGUGACAUAAAUCUAUCAGGGAUUCAGUACGAUGAGCAAUGUGACUACCAAAAAAUGCAUUGGUUGUAUUUCCAAAACUUGCAACAGGAAUGGAUUAGAUCGGAUCCCAUUUGCAGCACAUCAUUCGCUGGACAACAACAUAAGGAUGUUUCUGCCUUUGACUCUAACUGCUACAGUUUCACAUCUCAGCCCAAUGCUAAUAGAGUCCUAACCAUUAAAGAAAAACGCAAAGGUAUCUUUCAAGGAAGGCAAGAGUCUGAGUUCAGUGUUCUCUUGGAUAUGAUAGAAACGCCGAUAAAGACGAGAACUACAGGCCAUGUUCGAUUGCGGGAUUUAUCUCCCAUGAAUAAACUUGUGGAAGUUUCUCAGCAAUUACCCUCAGGAUAUCAUAGCAAACCAAAGCAGAAGAGUAAUAAGAUUCUUGUUGAUACGCGGGUGACCGUGAGCAAAAAGAAGCGAAUCACUAAGUCUGAGAAAUCACAAACCAACAAGAAAACUCUUCUUCCAAAUCCUUGCCAGUUUCCAGCUUCAUUUUCUGGUCUUUCUCAAGAUGAAUUUUGGAAACAACCUAACUUGGUUGAAGAAAUCAGUGAGCAAUUGCGUCUAUUGGACAUCAACAGGGAGAAUUCUGAAACUGCUCUCGUUCCUUACUCAAUGAAAACACAAGGAAACCAGAUUGUCCUCUUCGGCGGUGGCGCUGGAGCAAUUGUGCCUGUAACUCCUGUUAAAAAACGGCGCCCACGACCAAAGGUUGACCUAGACGACGAGACAGAAAAAGUUUGGAAACUGCUAUUGGAGAAUAUUAAUAGUGAGGGUAUUGACGGAUCAGACGACCAGAAGGCAAAAUGGUGGGAAGAAGAACGUAAUGUGUUUCGAGGACGAGCAGACUCAUUUAUAGCACGGAUGCAUCUUGUACAAGGGGAUCGACGUUUUACGCCUUGGAAGGGAUCCGUUGUGGAUUCUGUUGUUGGAGUAUUUCUCACUCAAAAUGUUUCAGACCAUCUUUCGAGUUCAGCUUUCAUGUCGCUGGUUUCCGAGUUCCCGGUCACUUCAGUGCCCAGCAGUAACUUUGAAGCUGGAACAAGCUCGAUGCCUUCUAUUCAAAUAACUUACUUGGACUCAGAGGAGUCGAUGUCAAGCCCACCCAAUCACAAUCAGAGUUCUGUUAUUUUAAAAAACACACAGCCUGAUGAGGAGAAGGAUUAUGUACAUACCAGUGAAACCUCCAGAAGUAGUAGUGAGAUUUCCAGCUCAGCCCAUCAAUCAGUUGACAAAACCACGGAUUCAAAGACGUUCGUGGAACCAGAUCGAAAAGGCUCAAGUGUAGAGGUUGAUAAGACAGGUCAGAACUGCCUUGUCCUAAACCUGUUUACAUCUGAAGAUUCUGCACUUACAUGUCAACAUUCGAUGGUUUCUGAUGCUCCUCAAAAUACCGAGAGAGCAGGAUCAAGCACAGAGAUCAACUUAGAAGGAGAGUAUCGUACUUCCUAUAUGAAGCUCCUACAAGGGGUACUAGAAGAGUCCAAUCAAAAGAAUCAGUAUGAAGUUGGGGUUUUAAGCAAUCCUGGAAGCUUACAAGUAUCACCAAAUAUGUCUCCCGGUGAUUGUAGCUCAGAAAUUACUGAUUUCCAUUCAUUGAAAAGGCCCACAAAAUCUUCUGAUGAUAGUUAUGAACCUUAUUGUUGCUAUCAGCAAGAUGGUGAUGUUUUGAGUUGUCAGAAACCUGAGAUGCCUGAAAGCUCUAGCAGCUUUCGUUCGACAAAACGCAAACGCAGCUUCCAGAUUCCAGAUCUAAAUGAAAGCACGAGUUGUCUUGAUGUCAUAGAAGACACAGAAAAUCCACCAGAUCCUUACUCAAGGCAGCUUCCAGACUCAUCGUGCAAAGAGCUCAAUCCGACAGAUGCUGCUACCUUAAAUGCAAAAGGAAAAAAGGUUUUAAAGGAGAAAAAAGAGGCGUUUGAUUGGGAUAGUUUAAGAAGAGAAGCAGAAGGUAGAGAAGGAAAAAGAGAAAAAACAACAAGGACAAUGGACUCUGUGGACUGGGAGGCAAUAAGAACAGCGGAUGUUAGUGAAGUUGCUGAAACAAUCAAGAAACGUGGGAUGAACCAUAUGCUUGCGGAACGUAUACAGGGGUUCCUUAAUCGACUGGUCAACGAACACGGUAGUAUCGAUCUUGAAUGGUUGAGAGACAUUCCACCCGAUAAAGCAAAAGAAUAUCUUCUGAGUUUUAGAGGAUUGGGCCUAAAAAGUGUGGAGUGCGUGCGGCUUCUAACACUGCACCAUCUUGCGUUUCCAGUUGAUACGAAUGUUGCGCGCAUAGCCGUUAGACUAGGAUGGGUACCCCUUCAGCCACUGCCAGAGUCACUUCAGCUGCAUCUUCUAGAAAUGUAUCCUAUUCUUGAAUCUAUUCAAAAGUAUCUUUGGCCACGUCUCUGCAAACUUGACCAAAAAACAUUGUAUGAAUUACACUACCAGAUGAUUACCUUUGGAAAGGUGUUUUGCACAAAGAGCAAACCUAAUUGCAAUGCAUGUCCGAUGAGAGGAGAAUGCAGACAUUUUGCUAGUGCGUUUGUAAGCGCAAGGCUUGCUUUACCCAGUACAGAGAAAGGUAUGGGGACACCUGAUAAAAACCCUUUGCCUCUGCACCUCCCAGAACCAUUGUAUAGAGAGCAAGGGUCUGAAGUAAAACAGCACUCAGAACCAGCGAAAAAGGUCACAUGUUGUGAACCAAUCAUUGAAGAGCCAGCAUCACCGGAGCCUGAAAGCGCACAAGUAUCAAUAGCUGACAUAGAGGAUGCUUUUUUUGAGGAUCCGGAAGAAAUUCCUACAAUCAGGCUAAACACAGAUGCAUUUACCAGUAACUUAAAGAAAAUAAUAGAACAGAAUCAGGAACUACAAGACGGAAACAUGUCCACUGCUUUAGUUGCACUUACUGCUGAAGCUGCUUAUCUUCCAAUGCCGAAGCUCAAGAAUAUCAGUCAGUUAAGGACAGAACACCAAGUUUACGAACUUCCAGACUCCCAUCCUCUUCUAGUUCAGUUGGAGAAGAGAGAACCUGAUGAUCCAUGUUCUUACUUACUUGCUAUUUGGACGCCAGGUGAAACGGCUGAUUCCAUUCAACCAACUGUGAGCAAGUGUAUAUCCCAAGAAAAUGGUCAGAUUUGUGAUGAGGAGACUUGUUUCUCAUGCAACAGCAUCAAAGAAGCGAGAUCUCAGACUGUUAGAGGGACAAUCUUGAUACCUUGUAGAACCGCAAUGAGGGGUAGCUUCCCACUCAAUGGAACAUAUUUCCAAGUAAACGAGGUGUUUGCGGAUCAUGCGUCUAGCCUAAACCCAAUUGAUGUUCCAAGGGAAACGUUAUGGGACUUAACAAGGAGAGCUGUUUACUUUGGAACUUCUAUACCUACAAUAUUCAAAGGUUUAUCAACAGAGACAAUUCAGCAAUGCUUUUGGAGAGGGUACGUAUGUGUACGUGGAUUUGACCGUGAGACAAGAGGACCAAAACCUUUGAUAGCCAGAUUGCACUUCCCGGUAAGCAAAAUGAAGUCACUGGCUAACCCGCCUAAUCAGAGUGCUACGAAGGCAAGCAAAUAAAUACAGACUUAUAGUUAGACUUUAGAGAUAGCACACUGUACAAAACUAGCUGAUGCAACGAGAUCUUCAACAUCAUCUCAUGGGCCAGACGUCACUUAUUUGAUCAUUUGGGCAUUUUUGGUGAUUUGUUUUAUUCAAUCUUCAUUGGUUUAAGUUGAAUUAAUAAAAGAAGAAAGGUUUAUAUGUUCAUGUUUCGGUA